UUAUGUCAGCCACCUCCGCACAAUGACCGGCUUGCCGCCCUUGGUGCGGGACCCGCCCUUGGUGCGGGGCCACAUGGCCACCGAGAUGUCCCGGAGCACCGUCACAGCAUAAUAUCUGCCGCCUGCACUGCUCGUCGGCGAGAGACGCAUCACCUUGAGGGUGUGCUUCGCCUUGGUGCCAGACUUGAUGUGGGCAGCCAGCUGCGAGUUGAGGGUGCUCUUGACGAGGUUCUCCACCUCGAGAGCGACUAAUAUCGUCGAACGGACCACCAUCAGAUCUCCACAAAGCUGACUAUUGCACCUGCACCACAGACACAGAGAUGACACAGCCAAAGCUUUGGGGCCCAUUGAAAUGCGCAUCUAUCUGAUCUCACAGAUGGCCAUGCAUGCGUCAGAACAGCCCAACAGAGCCUCACGACACGUCACACCAUUGCAGUGCACCGCUGAAUGCACGCCAUAUGUGAUCUCACCGUUCAAUGAAGGCCUCGAGUUCCUUCAUCUUGCUAUGGUUCACAGUUUCCGCCUGCUGGGCCAUCGUCGUGGGCGACAGCCCUGCCCCUGAGAGGGCCGAAGACGACGCCAU